AUGCGCGUUGGAGCCAGUGGCAAUGCUGCUGGUGGGGCUCCGACCUUAGCACCUACACCGCCGCCUCACCACCUUCAAACUUCAGAACGCGUGCCAGCCCCCACCGCUAUCGCCGCCGGCGGUGACAGCCCACGGUGGCCGUCCUCGCCUCUCGAAGGUCAGCUCGGAGCUGUUGGCGUCGCCGUCCCUGUCCUCGUCUUCAGGCCAGUCUCCUCCGUCGUCGUUGUCAGCCCUGAACUCGUCGUCUUUGUCGUCGUCGUCGUCAAGGCUCUACCUUCGAUCCCCCUCUCUCUGUCCGAGCUCACUUCCCUUCCUCCCUCACCGCCGCUCCCACUUCCGGAGCUUCAUCCAGCACUUGGGAAUAUCUCUGAUGAUUGCAUCUGCUUCUGCCAAUGGUGGUUUUGCUUUAAUUGCUUGAACCAGUGCACUGAGAAUGAUGAUGAUAAUGAUGAAGAUGAUGAUGAUGGUAGAGGUGUUAAUGCUGAGUCAUGUGCUCACUCAGAUGAGGUUGAUAGGGUAUGCAAGGUGAUUGAUGAAUUGUUUGCAUUGGAUAGGAAUAUGGAGGCUGUUCUUGAUGAAUGUGGGGUUCAGUUGUCACAUGAUUUGGUUAUGGAUGUGCUGCAGCGGUUCAAGCAUGCAAGGAAGCCGGCAUUUCGGUUCUUUUGUUGGGCCGGGGGAAGGCCUGGAUUUGCCCAUGAUUCCAGAACUUAUAACUCCAUGAUGCAUAUUCUUGGGAAGACGAGACAAUUUGAGACGAUGGUGGCAAUGCUUGAGGAAAUGGGGGAGAAGGGUCUUUUGACAAUGGAGACUUUCUCCAUUGCUAUCAAAUCCUUUGCUGCCUCAAAGGAGAGGAAAAAAGCUGUUGGGGUCUUUGAUCUGAUGAAGAAGUACAAGUUUAGAGUGGAUGCUGAUGCAAUUAAUUUCUUGCUUGAUAGCCUUGGCAGGGCGAAGCUUGGUAAAGAAGCUCAAGCAGUUUUUGAAAAACUGAAGGGUAGAUUUACGCAUGAUUUGCAAACUUACACCGUACUUCUUAAUGGUUGGUGCAGGGUAAAAAACUUGCUGGAAGCAGGGAGGGUGUGGAAUGAGAUGAUUGAUAAGGGAUUUAAGCCAGAUGUUGUUGCACAUAAUAUUAUGCUUGAAGGAUUGCUAAGGUGUAAGAAGAAAUCAGAUGCCAUCAAGUUAUUUGAAAUCCUGAAAGCCAAAGGUCCAUAUCCCAAUGUUAGGAGCUAUACGAUUAUGAUACAGGACUUUUGCAAGCAAAAAAUGAUGAGAGAUGCUGAAGAGUAUUUCGAUGAAAUGAUAGAUCGUGGGUGUCAACCGGACGCUGCACUUUACACGUGUUUGAUCACUGGGUUUGGGAGGCAGAGGAGAAUGGAUUUGAUAUCUGAUCUACUGAAGACAAUGAAGGAAAGAGGUUGUCCACCGGACGGGAUGACCUACAAUGCUUUGAUAAAAGUGAUGACAAGCCAGCAUAUGCCGGAUGAUGCAAUGCGAAUAUACAAGAUGAUGAUUCAAAGUAGCAUCAUGCCUACACUUCACACUUACAACAUGAUAAUGAAAUCUUAUUUUGUGACAAAGAACUAUGAAAUGGGACAUGCCAUAUGGGAUGAGAUGCAUCAUAUGGGGUGUUGUCCUGAUGAUAAUUCCUACACUCUAUUCAUCGGAGGCCUUAUAAGACAGGGAAGAUCAGGCGAGGCAUGUAGAUAUAUAGAGGAAAUGAUAGCGAAUGGGAUGAAAGCUCCUCAACUUGAUUAUAACAAGUUUGCUGCUGAUUUUUCUAAAGCUGGGAAUCCUGGCAUACUUGAGGAGUUAGCUAAAAAGUUGAAAAUUGCCGGCAAAUUUGAGGUCUCCAAUGUUAUUGACAGUUGGGCUGAGAUGAUGAGGAAAAGUGCCAAGAGAAGAGAGCCUACAUAUUCAGGUGGGUGGUUCACAUAAACACUCGGCACAUCAAUGGUGUAACUAACUCAAUUUUAUUGACUACCAAUCAUCUAGUUUGGCUUUAGUUUAUGUCUUCUGGUUUUUUGUACUUUGUAUUUGACUAUUUGUAUAUUGAUAUUAAUGUUGAUUGAAAAUUAUAAGCUAAUGUUGUAUGAUGUCGUGUACCAUCUUGAAUGGAAAACAGUUAUUCAUAUA